AGAAAAGAAAACACGGAAGUGAAGGUAUACACACUGUCGGGGCAGCGAGAAAUAAGUGCGGUGUGGCUUGAACAUGACGAGAAGGCUGACGAGGGGGAAGGCAAAUGUGUCUGGGGAGAGGAACUGGGAAAUUCUAACUGAAUCAGUCACCACAAAGGACGUCAGAGUUGUCAAGGAAUGGUUCAGACACAACACAGGUCUACAUGGGCGAGGAAGGGAGUUCCCCGAGAAUCUUCGAGACCCCGUCCAUGUUGCUGUUUCGGAUGGAAGCAAGUCCAUAUUUACUCUCCUGAUGCGUCAUGGCUUCCAAGCCAACAGACUCACACGCGGCAAACGUCGGAGCGUGCGACCCAUCCACACAGCUGCCAAGUCUGGACAACUGGGGAUGUUGAUGGCGAUGCUGAAUGACCACGACGUGCCAGUAGACACGGAGGACUCCCUCCACCAGACGCCUCUGGGGUAUGCUGUUUCUGGCCACCACACUGACAUUGUACAGUACUUGCUGUCUCAAGGAGCGGAUUGUGACCGUCCACACCGACCCCAGUCGCCCUUCAAGUCAGCAGUGUCUUCCAACAAGCUGGAUCUGGCAACACUUAUGAUACAACAUGGCGCCGACGUCAACUGCAAGGUUAGAGGGGAAGGUUGUUUGUUGAAUACAUGCGCACGUUUAAACCAUGUUGAUAUGAUGCAUCUGCUGUGCAACAAUGGAGCAAGAGUCGACAUACGUGAUGAAAACAAUGGAUUCAGCAUCCUCCACUUUGCCUUACAGAUGCCUGUUCAUGUUAAAGUGCUGAAGUUCCUCAUAAGGGUCAAUGCGCCUCUAAAUGAGGUGUGUUCUAAAGGGCGUACUGCUCUGCGUGGUGUGUUAUGUGACAGGGGCAAAUUAUUCCUACCUCCGAGGUACGUGCGACUUUUGGCUGAAGCAGGGUACGAGGUGAGGCGGGGCGACUACGACGCAGCCUGCAAUAUUCCCGCGGACCUGGGGGAGACUCUACGGCCGGAGCUGCUGAACCUUCUGGCCAAUGUCAGGUCACUUCAACAGCUGGCCUGUUUCAAGGUUCGUCAGAUUCUAGGAACCCAUCUGCCAAAGCGUGUUGGUUACCUCCCCCUACCAGCACAAGUGAAGGAUUACGUGAAACUCAAACACCUCACAGACUAAUGUGACACUCUUGUAUAAAGUGAGUAUGGUCUUACGCCGCUCUCAGCUACGUCACUGCGGAGGGUAGCAGUAAUGGUCUUCACAUGUUGCGCCCACGCCGGGAAUCGACACAAGCCCUCGGGGAACGCUCAACCACCUCAAAGCUCCAAUACGAAACAAAGACAAACUCGGUCAUUUCAAUAGUCAGCUCAACUUCAAUGCCAAAUUAAAACUGCCGAAUCUCCGACAGCUUUGGAGUUUUCAUUUGUAUGAGUCCUUUCGACACUCAUUAACUUGUUAUCUUCGCUGGUUAAAAGGGACCAUGCAAUAUCGAGUUGGCCACGAACAUGGCAGUAGACAUUGUACUGCACAUUCUCGGAGCGUAAAAAACACCACCAUGUCCACACAGUGCCUGGGCUCCAUGACUUCAAGUAUGUCUCUUCUCAGCUGCUGUGUCAAACUUGGAUGUGUCGAAUUUCCGGUUGUGCCGAACCCAUUUCGGGGUCCCAAGUAUUUAAAUAAAGCAUAAAAUGCCC